UAGUGGGAUUUCUAAAAACUCAAGCCGAGGUCACACUGCUUGGUCUUUUUUGCUCUGCGUCACGUUAAAGUUUUUUAAAUAGUUAAAGUCGCUUUAAAAGUUGUAUUUUAAAGCAGAAAACGUACGCACAAGAAUUUAGAUUUGUUCUCGUAGCCAAAGUCUCGAUCAAAAAAAAAACACUAAGCUAAAAUGGCAGACAACGAUGAUCUUUUGGACUACGAGGAUGAGGAGCAGACCGAGACCACUGCGGUUGAAAGCCAGGAGGCACCCAAGAAGGAUGUUAAGGGCACCUACGUGUCUAUACACAGUUCCGGAUUCCGUGACUUCCUCCUGAAACCGGAGAUCCUUCGGGCUAUCGUGGACUGCGGCUUCGAGCAUCCCUCGGAGGUUCAGCACGAGUGCAUUCCGCAGGCUGUCUUGGGUAUGGACAUCCUCUGCCAGGCCAAGUCCGGUAUGGGUAAGACUGCCGUCUUUGUCCUGGCCACUCUGCAGCAGCUGGAGCCCUCGGACAACAACACCUGCCACGUUCUGGUCAUGUGCCACACCCGCGAGCUGGCCUUCCAGAUCAGCAAGGAGUAUGAACGCUUCUCCAAGUACAUGCCCACAGUCAAGGUGGCUGUGUUCUUUGGUGGACUAGCUAUUCAGAAGGACGAGGAGACACUGAAAAGUGGAACCCCGCACAUUGUGGUGGGCACUCCUGGUCGAAUUUUGGCUUUGAUUCGCAACAAGAAACUCAAUCUGAAGCAUUUGAAGCACUUUGUUCUGGACGAGUGCGACAAGAUGCUGGAGCAGCUGGAUAUGCGUCGUGACGUUCAAGAGAUUUUCCGUAGCACACCGCACGGCAAACAAGUGAUGAUGUUCUCUGCCACAUUGAGCAAGGACAUUCGUCCGGUUUGCAAAAAGUUCAUGCAAGAUCCCAUGGAGGUCUACGUCGACGAUGAGGCCAAGCUGACGCUGCACGGACUGCAGCAGCACUAUGUCAAUCUGAAGGAGAACGAGAAGAACAAGAAGCUCUUUGAACUGCUCGAUGUGCUCGAGUUCAAUCAGGUGGUCAUCUUUGUGAAGUCCGUACAACGUUGCGUGGCCUUGUCCCAGCUGCUGACGGAGCAGAACUUCCCCGCCAUCGGCAUCCAUCGCGGCAUGACCCAGGAGGAGCGCCUGAACCGCUACCAGCAGUUCAAGGACUUCCAGAAGCGCAUUUUGGUGGCCACCAAUCUCUUUGGUCGCGGCAUGGACAUUGAGCGCGUAAACAUUGUGUUCAACUACGAUAUGCCCGAGGAUUCCGACACCUACUUGCAUCGCGUAGCCCGCGCCGGACGCUUCGGUACCAAGGGUUUGGCCAUUACCUUUGUUUCGGACGAGAACGAUGCCAAGAUACUUAACGAAGUACAGGACCGUUUCGAUGUUAACAUCAGCGAGCUGCCGGAGGAGAUUGAUCUGUCCACAUAUAUUGAAGGACGCUGAAAAUCGAAUGUGCAUGAUACUCCGUAAGAAAAAGAAAUGCACUUCGAAUAGAUAAAAACUAAAACCUUUUAUAAAACUCUACUUUAUAACUAAAUAAAAAAAAUAUUCAGACAAUGUGUUGACGUACAAAAGUGAA